AUGGGUCAGACUGCAGCGAUAGUGUCUUUGACCGUUGUAUUUCUAGUUACCUUCAGAGCAGCAAUCGCAGAAGAAUGCAUUGUUGGAGAUGAAAGUCGUUGGGUACUUGCAAAUCGAGCCAAUGCCAUUGGCAACAAUUAUACGACUGGGGCCGACAGUGUCAUCUUCAAGGUCGGAGACUACGUGGAAUUCAAGUACAAGAAAGAAAAUCACAGUGUGCUUCAGAUGAAUGGACCUGCAAUUCCGGAUUGCAUCACAUCUGACCAUCCAGGUUCAUGGAAAGACUCCAGUACUUCCAUCGAGUUGAACACGAACAGGACGGUGUGGAUCAUCUGCCGAGCUCCUGGUCACUGCGAACACGGACAGAAGUUCAGAGUAACUGUCCUCGCUAGCUCUCUUCCUGUCUCUGACGGACAAACGCAAAUUCCUCGCGCAUCUGGUCCUCAACCUGGAGCUGGGAAGGGCAAUAUCGAGGUCCUCAAACUCUGCUGCCAUCAUCGGGAGUAUCAUUGCACGAGCAUUCUACCUCCUGUAAAUUCGGAUUGA